GGGAGGGGCGGGAAACGUGGCCCUCGAUUCUAGCAACUUCCUUCAGUACCUACGUCACUUUUAGUCGGUGGACCUAUAGAUAGGCAAGACGGUCUUGUUGUGCAAAGCACGCCGGAUUCUUUUAUUUUUUAAAAUUUUAUUUUAGUUUUGGACGAAAUCCACAAACCAAUAAAACGUCAGUCGUCCAGACUCGCUAGCGGAGUUACCGCUGUUUUUCUUACCCAUGAUGCCCCGUUCGGGGUCGCAAUCAGGAAGUACUAAAUUGAAGUGAUCAGUUUCGCAGAGAGUCAGCCGUAGCGUACAAAAUUUCCUGCUUUAAACGGUUUAUUUGGUCAACACUUCUCGUUAGGUCGGUCGGCAGAGGUUUAUAAACUACAUAAACACACACGCACAGGUUACGGAGAUGGCGGACAGUGCGGAGACUCCGGAGCCCUCAUCUGAUCCCAAAAUCAUCAAAGUGACAGUCAAAACUCCGAAGGAGAAGGAAGAGUUUGCCGUACCCGAAAACAGCACCAUCAAACAGUUUAAAGAGGAAAUUUCCAAGCGCUUCAAGACACAGACUGAGCAGCUUGUGCUCAUAUUUGCUGGAAAGAUCCUGAAAGACGGCGACCUGCUAACCCAGCAUGGCAUCCAUGAUGGGCUGACUGUCCAUCUGGUCAUCAAGAUGCAGAGCAGGUCCCAGGAACCUUCUGCUCCUCCCCCUAGCAGCAGUGCCUCUGUAUCCAUGGAGACUGGAGAAACAACAACCACCACAGUCCCCCCUCCUUCCAGCAACCCCCUUAGUCUGGGUGGCCUCAGCGGGCUCGCUGGUCUCGGCAACUUGGGCAUGAGCUCGGCAAACUUCUCAGAGCUCCAGAGCCAGAUGCAGAGGCAGCUGAUGUCCAACCCAGAGAUGAUGGCUCAGAUCAUGGAGAAUCCCCUGGUCCAGAGCAUGCUCUCCAACCCGGACCUUAUGCGGCAGCUCAUCCUGGCCAACCCCCAGAUGCAGCAGCUCAUCCAGCGCAACCCUGAGAUCAGCCACAUGCUCAACAACCCUGACAUCAUGAGACAGACCCUUGAGCUGGCACGCAAUCCAGCCAUGAUGCAGGAGAUGAUGCGGAACCAGGACAGGGCGCUGAGCAACCUGGAGAGCAUCCCUGGGGGCUACAACGCCCUGCGCAGGAUGUAUACAGACAUCCAGGAGCCCAUGCUGAAUGCCGCACAGGAGCAGUUUGGUGGAAACCCUUUUGCAUCGCUGGUGAACAACUCCUCCAGUGGAUCUCAACCGUCUCGCACAGAGAACCGGGACCCCUUACCCAACCCCUGGGCCCCAGCCAGCGCCUCGGCUAGCAGCACGCCCCCUGCUGCUGCACCGGCCAGCACCACAGCCGUCUUAGGACCUGCUAUGGGAGCUGGGAUGUUCAAUACGCCGGGAAUGCAGAGCCUCUUGCAGCAAAUCACGGACAACCCACAGCUGAUGCAGAACAUGCUGUCUGCUCCAUACAUGCGGAGCCUGAUGAGCAGCCUUAGCCAGAACCCGGACCUGGCAGCUCAGAUGAUUCUGAACAAUCCCCUGUUUGCCGGAAACCCCCAACUACAGCAGCAGAUGAGACAGCAGCUCCCCGUCUUCCUACAGCAGAUGCAGAAUCCCGAGAUGCUGUCGGCGAUGUCGAACCCACGCGCCAUGCAGGCGCUGCUGCAGAUCCAGCAGGGGCUGCAGACGCUGGCCACUGAGGUGCCAGGCUUCAUCCCCGGGCUAGGACUGGGGCCCCUGACCGGAGUCCUGGGGGGAGUUGCAGGCACAUCUGGCAACCCUACAUCAGCCCCCGCCUCAGCAGACCCGGGUAGCUCUCAGGCUGGAGCUGAAGCCAGUCGACAGCAGCAGUUUGUGCAACAGAUGUUACAGGCUCUGGCAAGCACCAGCUCCCAGGUCCAGAGUCCAGAGGUCCGUUUCCAGCAGCAGUUAGACCAACUGAACGCCAUGGGCUUCCUGAACCGCGAGGCCAACCUCCAGGCCCUUAUUGCCACCGGGGGUGACGUCAAUGCGGCCAUCGAGCGACUACUAGGCUCCCAGCCUUCAUAGCCCCUGCCUCUGACUAAUUUCACUUAUUUUUUUUGGAUAAUAACAGCUGCUCAGUCUCUGCAAUACCGGCUUUCCAGCACCUCCACCCCUCAAAGUCACGAUGCGUCUGUCCACUUGCAUACCCAGAUCUACACCCUUUUGAAAACUUUUGUUUGUGAGCAUCGGGCCGCAGUCUCUCGUCCGACUGGGGUCUGCCUGCCCGCCUCACCCACUGCGUACAAACUGGCUGCAUGAACCCAACCAUAAAACCAAGGACUCGUGAUUUGACUUGUCUGCCGUGUUUCCAUAUCCGGUGUCUGUUCCCAGGCUUAAUACAGUGGACCGACUCGCUUCGCUCGCAGCCUUUCGUAGGUUAUAUUCUGGAAAGAGCGAGAAAAAACCAGAAAGUGGCUACCGCAGAUUACUGCUGGCGCUCAUGAAGCUUCAGAUUCCAACUGAGUAGUUGAUGACUGUUUAGUUUAACGCUGGUGUUUAGCUCCAGAAGCUCCAAAAAUAGAUUAGUUUGAGGAUGUUACCAGCAAAACGAUCAUUCUAAAAAGUGCUGGCUUGCAAAGUGCAUCAUACGAGGGAGGAAUUUCAGCCUUUUGUUGAAGGUGCCGUUAAAAGUCCUGCGGCAAGGUGAAAUGUGUCUGUACAUAAAUGGCUGCAUUCAUAUAGCCUGACAGUGACAGUCGUAUGAGGGAUUAGAUCCGUUUACCAGAACGACAGGUAAGAGGCUCACUUGUGUGUCAGCUCAUCUGUUCUCCAUUGUAAUUAUCUAAUGAUUUAAGACGAUUUGGGGAAAGAAUACUUUGGUGUGUGUGUGGUGAUCAUCCCAUUAUUUACAAAAGCCUUUGUUAAAAAAAGGAAUGUUUAAUUACAGCACACAAUUCAGUUUUUAAUCAUUAGCCAAUUUCUUCUGUGCACAGGUGAAUAAAGUGAAAUCUUAAAGCUAUUUUGGGGGUGGCUAUAUAGAUUAGUAAUUUUCAAUGUGAAAAAGAAGAAUAUUUGCAUAUUCCAGGCAAUGAAACUGUGUAAGUAUGACUGACUGCAUUUAAGAAAUUGUACAGAAUAAACAGUACCUAUCCCCACUG